GCGGCGCCCCUCCGCCUCCGGAAGUGAAACCGGGCGGGGUCAGGGGGUCACAGGGCCGUUACCAUGGCGAACGUGGUGGAAGUUUGCUGCCUCCUCCUCGUGGCCCUGCUUUGGGGUGGAACAAACCCCUUUCUGAAGAGGGGCACGGAGGGGAUAGAAAAGGUCAGGUCCAGAAACUUUGUCAUUCAGCUCUUUGCAGAAAUGAAAUUUUUAUUCCUUAAUUACAAGUAUUUGGUGCCUUUUGUUUUAAACCAAAGUGGAUCAGUCAUCUACUACUUCACAUUGGCAUCUACAGAUCUGUCAUUGGCUGUGCUCUUAUCAAACUCUCUCACAUUUCUCUUCACGUUACUAACUGGAAAGUUUCUUGGUGAAGAUAUUGGUGGUAAACAGGCUAUGAUAGGAAUGCUGCUGAUUAUUGUGGGUGUCUCUCUGUGUGUUGCCAGCACAGUCAGCAUGGAGACUUGACUUAAAGGGAACCUGAUGCAUCAAAAUAACAAAAUCAAACUGUUAGUUGUAAAGCUGUACUUGAUCAACUCAUAAAAUGAUGGAACAAAGUACGGAAUGGCAAACGAGAAACACUAAUCUGGAUGUGUGUCAGAAUUAAGAGGAGAAUGGAUCAUCAAAUUCUAUCUCGAGCACUUUAAAGAUAUAAACCUGUCCCACAGUUGGUGUAUUUAUAUUAGAUCGGAGACCUAUUCAGGAAAAAAAGACCCUAGCUAUCUUCAGAUUAGAGGCCAGUAAUUUUCAAUUCUUGAUUCCUGCUCUUUAGCAGUCAGCAUUUUCAAAUUAAAAUCUAGUAUUGAUCCUUAUAAUAGCAAAUGGAUGGCACAGCCAUGGCCUGUUGCAAAAUAAAUAUGUAUAUUUUUCUUCCGCUGAAGUGAAUGAUUUUGUAUGACUGAAUAUCAAAGAAUGAAAGUCAUGUUGUAGAAAGGGAGCUCCACUGUGGUGAAUGUACAAAGUUGAAUAGUCGUGACAAACAAUGCUGUAUGUUGACAACUUUUAUCGUUUUAAACAUAAUCCCAGAAUAA